CAGGGAAGAUUGAACUAUAAGAACGUUCGUGCUGUACAGAGCUUGUGGAUAAACUUAGAUCUUACUGAGGUUUCACAGCUAAAAUCUGCAGAACCGUUCUGCGCAGCCUCGACUGAGAGGAACACCGCCGCCGGGGUGGAGCCCACCGAUUGGGAUGUCAGCACAAAGCCUUGGGAACAUUAAUUUUAUCUCCCGCACCAACCAGUUUCCUCUUCAGACGUGCAGCAGCCACCCCCCCGAAGAAAGUGGUAGAACCUGACUCCCCGCACUACCCUGCGUGCCCCGACUACCGUCGAGUUUGCCUCAGAGUGGAUGAGAGUUGAGACCGAGUCAAUCACAGUGGACUUCUGUUCGUUGUUGUAAAGUGAGCGCGUUGUAAGUGUUAAAAACUGUAACAUGCAGUAAUGUGAUUAGGGUUAGUUGUUUGUUGUUGUUUUUUUAUCAACUACUUGACGGAAAUUUCAGUAUUAAUGAUACGAAUCGUUCCUACUGGACGGAGAUCGUUGUGCCCGCGUGCAGAUGAAUUUCAGUUAAACAAAUUAUUCGGGAACAGUUAUUGACCCCUGGACAUAUGGAGUUCAGCUGGACAGUUAUGAAUUCAAGCUAUCCUGGCAGAUAACUUCUGUGUACUGUCUAUGACGUGAGGCUCUUAUUUACCACACCUAACCAUGGGAGGCCGACUCGAAGCUACGCUAUGGUAUCUGUGGCUGUUUCUCGUUCCGACCGCCGUGUCUACCCGAUAUGUGGCCCCCGAAGACUGCCGCUGGCAACCUUUAGGCCCGACUGGAGACGAUGUGGCUCUUGCGUGCUCCCUGCGAACCCUCAACGGAGCCUUUGAUAAAACAAACUUUAGUUUGAUCCAACCGGAACACACGACAAGUCUUACCGUUAGGUGUGAAGACGUGCUUUUCGAAAGUUCGCUGGCCAAUAACUCAUUUAAGCAUCUGACAGAAUUAAAGUCAUUUUCUGUUGAACACUGUAAACUUCACGAAAUCCCUUCCCUAGCGUUCGCUGGCCUUUCUCAACUCGUUAACCUCACUGUGCGGACACACAACAGUCACUGGGGGAAGUUUCCCCUGAAGGUUUCUUCCGACAGUUUCUCUCCUUUACAUAAUCUCGAAAAUCUCGAUUUGAGUCUAAAUCACAUGGAUUCUCUACCUGAAGUUGUUUUCUGUGGAUUAUCAAGUUUGGAGCGUCUAAAUAUUACAUACAACAACUUUAACGAGUUAAGUAGUCUGGGGUUUUCUGAUCUAGGGAGGUGCAAAAGGGAAGUAAAACAUCUGGAGGUUUCUCACAACCACAUCAAAGUGCUGUCCGACAGCGGGUUCAAUGGACUUCCCGGGCUUCAUUUUCUCAAUCUCCAAUUCAACCAAAUAGGUCGUGCAGAAGAGGAUGCUCUUAGAGGUUUACGGUACCUUCACACUUUAGACAUUUCUAAUAAUCAACUUGUAGCUCUCCCGCCACGUUUUCUGCAACCCACAGAGCAAUUAUCUGAGUUAUAUCUGAAGAACAACUCAAUAAGCAUUCUUCCGCCAGGCUUAUUUAGUGGAUUACAGCAAAUGGUUAUCUUGGAUCUGAGCCAUAACUCUAUUAGCAACCAAUGGAUUGGAGUCGACACUUUUGCUGAUAUGAUAAGACUUGUCAUUCUUGAUCUCAGUCACAACCAAUUAAUUGAAGUCGACGCUGUUAUGUUUAAGUCACAGUACAGCUUACAAGUCCUUCAUUUAAGUCAUAAUGACAUUCAAACUAUCGAAGACAACGCUUUUUCAUCAUUGUACAACUUGCACACGUUAGUUCUUAGUCAUAACCGGCUAACCCGAAUCAACUACUUAACCCUAAAUGGACUUCAUGUACUUAACCGAUUAGCUCUGGACAGUAACAAUCUCCAAAAUAUUCACGCUGAUGCUUUUAAAAACUCCAGUAACCUAAUGGAGCUAAAUAUUGGCAGUAACAAGUUGUCAACUGUGCCUACGGCAGUACAUUCUCUAAAGUAUUUAAGAAGUUUGGAGGCAGGAAACAAUCACAUCUCCAAGAUCCACAAUGCAUCUUACCAAGGCCUUCAUCAGCUCUACAGCCUUCGACUCAUGGGAAACUACAUUGGCAAUCUUAGUAAAGGAGUCUUUCAGGACCUACCUUCCUUACGAAUUUUGGACUUGUCCAGUAAUAAAAUUCAGUUCGUGGGAAAAGGAACAUUUGAUGACGUUCCCGAUCUUCAUGCCCUGCGGCUGGAUUCUAAUUCCCUAGCGGACAUCAAUGAUCUCUUCAGUAAUCUGCACGACUUGCUGAUGUUGAACGUGUCCGCUAAUAAAAUUGGCUGGUUUGACUAUGCUCUAAUCCCAGUAGGCCUCCAGUGGUUGGACCUGCACAGUAACCAAGUGGAAAGCCUGGGAAAUUACUUUGAUCUGGAAACUGUGUUAAAGUUGCGUACGCUGGACGCGUCCCAUAAUAAAAUCACCGAAUUAGCACCGUCUUCGCUCCCAAAUGGAAUAGAAAUAGUGUUUCUCGGUAACAAUAAGAUCCACACAAUACGCCCAUUUGCCUUCUUGGGAAAACCUAAUCUGACUAGAGUGGACCUUGUAGAAAACAAUCUCGAAAACCUCGAGAUGAACUCGUUUAGGCUAACCGUGGUUUUAGAUAAAAAGCCUUUACCGGAAUUUUCGAUUUCGGGUAACCCUUACCUGUGUGAUUGUAACAUGGAUUGGCUACAAAGAAUUGGAUCCUUGGAUGAGUCUCGACAGUAUCCAAAAAUAGUGGACAUAGGUGAAAUAAUGUGUCAUUUGUCAUUCACUCGAGGGAAUGGAAUGGUCCAAUUAUCAAAUGUUCAUCCUUCCCAGUUUUUGUGCCAGUACAAGAGCCACUGCUUUGCGCUUUGUCACUGCUGCGAUUUUGAUGCUUGUGACUGUGAAAUGGUGUGCCCAGAAAACUGUAGCUGCUACUAUGACCAGAGCUGGAACAGCAACAUAGUGGACUGUAGCUAUCGCGGACAUAAAGGAGUUCCCAAACGGGUCCCCAUGGACGUUACUGAGUUAUAUCUCGACGGAAAUGACGUUCCAGCAUUGUCCAGUCAUACGUUUAUAGGACGUAAAAAUAUGAAGGUUUUGUACUUGAAUAGUAGCAACGUUAAAAUGAUUAAUAAUCGAACGUUCAACGGUCUGAGAAACCUACAAGUGUUGAACCUGAGAAAUAACAGGCUGAAUACGUUACAUGGUUACGAGUUUGAGCGACUGACCAAUUUGAUUGAGCUCGAUCUCUCCUACAACCUGAUAACUUCUAUCAGCAACACGACAUUUGUCUCUUUGAAAUCACUCGAAAUUAUGUAUCUGGACCAUAACUAUAUCGUAGAAUUCCAGGCGUGGAUCUUGAAUCUGAACCCUCGCCUCCAGGACCUCCAACUGUCUUUAAAUCCUUGGACUUGUGAAUGUCAAUUCGUGCAGGACUUUAGCGACUGGUUACAGCAGAAACAAAAUCAGGUGAAAGACUCUUCCUUGGUGCAGUGUGUUUACAACGAGACCACUACCGUUCCAGUCUUGGAGAUUAAUAUUACGGUCUGUGUGAAUUACACCGUUGCCACCACCUUUCUACAGAAGUACCACAUGGAGGAUUUCAUGCCAAUGUUGAUAGUUAUUAUCUCUCUCUUUGUCUUGCUGCUCUUUGUAGUAACACUACUUCUUAUUUACCGCCGAGAAAUGAGUGUGUGGUUUUUCGCUAAAUAUGGCGUAAAACUAUUCCAGCGUAACGCAGAGUGCGAAGAUGAGAGAUUGUUUGAUGCGUUUGUGUCGUACAGUAAGAAGGAUGAAGCAUUUAUUACCCAACUCUUUACUCCCGAACUGGAAUACGGAAAUCCGCCAUAUCGGUUGUGCCUUCAUUACCGAGACUUGCCGGUAGGUGGCUACAUGUCGGACGCCAUUAUCGAAGCGAUGGAAACUAGCCAUCGAACUAUUGUGAUAAUUUCCGAACACUUCCUCCAGAGUGAAUGGUGUAGGUACGAGUUCAAGUCCGCUCACCACGAAGUACUCCGCUCCAACAAACAAAAGGUCAUUGUGAUCUUUCUAGGCCAGGUCCCUCAAAGAAAUUUAGAUCCAGAUAUAAGACUGUUACUAAAGAGUAAUAUAUUUCUACGUUGGGGGGAAAAGCAUUUUUGGGAAAAACUGAGAUAUGCUAUGCCGGAUGUUCGUCACAGGAAGUGUGAGCGAACUCGACAAGACCACGUGAGCGUUUCUGUGCACAUUUGAAUACGUUCUAUAAACCAAUUGAAAAUCUAAGUCAGAAUGGACAGAAAAUGAGAAGUUAUAGUACUUAAUAGACAGGCGUGACUUGCCAAGCGUUGGGAUCAAAUCAGGAGAUUGUAUGUGUGUAAGUGUAUGGAACUUUCUUGUAAAUAUAUAAAUAUCUAUAUAUAUAUAUAUAUACAUGGUAUUCAUGCACGUUAAUAUUAUGUAAACAUUAACGUGAAAGACUUAAAAAAAAAAAAACUCACUACCAAAGGGUUAGCAGUGAAAUUAUGCCCGCGAAACAGACAAUAACGUUAUUUGUGUAUUUAGUUCUAUAGAUUUUUGUUUUAAAACUUAGCAGUUAGUGAGCGUACACCUGUAUCUAGAUAUAUUGUUAGGAUUUCACCGAGUUGGGAAUGGAAGGUGUAGAUUGAUACAUUUUCCUCCUUCAGAUAUGGUCACGGUCAAGUGUAUAACGUAAAUUUACGUAAACGCGUGGUCGUUACAUAUCCUGCAACCACUAUUUAUAUAUAUAUAUAUAUAUAAGUCAGAAACCCAUUGUCAAAAGUCUUAACCUCUAUUUCUCAACAGUUACACGCAAUGAAUGUAUAUAUUGUCCACAGAAAAGUGAAAAUAAACCAUGCACUGGUGUAUUGAU